AUGGCCGAAGCCCAACGGGUGACCAGCAUCCGAGAGAUUCAAGGAGGAACUCCGCAAGAUAACCAAACGUUGGGCCAAGACGAACUACAGCCCAGGGCAAGUGUGAUUCCGACUCCAUAUCUUUCAGAUGAUCGAUAUAUGCCAGAAAGUCUCCCGCCUGGAUUGCAGCGUCUUGAACAAGUCCGACAAAGGAUUCUCCAGAGCACCAGAUCAUAUCUGGGCACUGAUCCCCGGUUGCGCGUGAAAGCACAAGAGCCACGAGGCGACGUCAGCGAAGCACAGAUGUGA